AUGUCUUCCCGUCCUCCAGUCUAUAUUGUCUCCGCUGCCCGUACCCCACUCGGUUCCUUUCUAGGUGCACUUUCCAGCCUGACGGCCCCCCAGUUAGGUUCCCAUGCGAUCAAAGCUGCACUGGCAAGAGCCCCUGGAAUCAAUCCUGAAGAUGUAGAAGAAGUGUUCUUCGGUAACGUCUUAUCCGCAAAACAAUGUGCUCUCGGCGCUGGACUCUCAGACUCCACUGUCUGCACCACCGUUAACAAGGUGUGCGCGUCCGGACUCAAGGCCGUCAUCCUUGGUGCGCAAACCAUUAUGACCGGUAACGCCGAUAUCGUCGUUGCUGGCGGUGCUGAAUCCAUGUCGAAUACCCCCCAUUACAUCCCUAAUAUGAGAAAUGGUGCCAAAUAUGGCCACCAGACCCUUGUCGAUGGAAUCAUGAAGGACGGCCUGUCCGAUGCUUAUGGAAAGAAGGAACUCAUGGGUCUUCAAGCUGAAGAGUGUGCUGAGGAUUACGGCUUCACCCGGGAACAGCAAGAUGAGUAUGCUAUCAGAACCUAUGAACGUGCACAGGCCGCUCAAAAGUCGGGGGGUUUCGAUUUUGAGAUUGCCCCGAUUGAAAUCCCCGGCGUCAGGGGUAAGCCAGCGACGCUCGUCGAGAAAGAUGAAGAGCCGAAAAACCUUCAUCACGACAAGCUCCGCGCGAUUAAACCCGCUUUCAUUCCUAACGUUGGCACCGUCACUGCCCCCAACUCCUCCCCGCUCAAUGACGGUGCGGCCGCUGUUGUUCUCGUCUCCGAGUCCAAACUCAAAGAACUCAAUCUGAAGCCCCUCGCCAAAAUCCUCGGCUGGGGUGAUGCUGCCAAAGCACCCAGCAAAUUUACCACCGCUCCGUCCCUCGCUAUCCCCAAAGCUUUGAAGCAUGCUGGUGUCGAACAAUCUGCAAUUGAUGCUUUCGAGAUCAACGAAGCCUUUAGCGUUGUUGCACUUGCCAAUUUGAAACUCCUCAAUCUCUCAGAGGAUAAGGUUAAUAUCCAUGGUGGUGCCGUUGCUUUGGGCCAUCCACUCGGUGCAAGCGGCGCUCGUAUUUUGACGACUUUACUUGGUGUUUUGAGAGAAAAGAAGGGCAAGCUUGGCUGCGUCGGCAUAUGCAAUGGUGGUGGUGGAGCUAGUGCCAUGGUUGUUGAAUACUUGCAGUGA